AAAAAAACCGAUCUAAAUGAAAAUUUAUUACCUUCUACGUCUCUAUCAAAUAGUUGACAGCAAUAACUGAUAAUUGCUACCGAAAAUAAUGACAUUAGAUUACUCAUUAUCUAUUUUUUGACUAAAAACACAAACGCUAUUAUCGAUCAUACAACAGUUAACUUAAAGCGCUUACAGUAAUAAAAUGUGUGAAAUAAAAAAUAAGGUACCUAUAUUGAUAUUUAAUUUUAUUGUGAUUGUUGUGACAAAUCUCGAUGCAAUUAAAAUAACUUUGAUUGAAUUAUCUGUCGGUGAUACACUAAAUAUACAUGAUUUGAGUUUUAACUCAGUCGAAAAAAUCGGUGACUUGUUCAAAGGCUACAAUAGGAAUAAAUUCAUAAAAAAUGUAUCAUAUCCUGAUAAUAGUUUUGCUUUUGAGAUUUUGAAACAACCAUGUUUAUCUCUAGAAUCAUUGCAGCUGUACAGUUAUCAACAAAUUUGGGUCAAAAAAGGAAAAAAAUCGACAUCAUUACCUUUCAGUUAUUUUGAUACUAAUAGUUUAGGUAUUCCUGAGUAUUAUUUAAAUAAUCGUUAUAUCUACGGUAUUGUUCAAAUUUGUCGUGCAAUUAAAUCAUCUGAAUUAAAUAUAAGAGUUAUUGAUAAAGCUGAUUUACCGAAUAUUAAACAAGGAGUCUAUAAUAAAGUCUUAUCUAAUUCAACAGCUGUUUUUCGUUUGAAACAAUACAAUGAAACUCAUUACGUAUCAUUAAUUACCACCGGAAAUUGUAUUUAUCAAGUCUAUGUAAAUCAUCAUAAAUUUUGUAACACUAACAGUAAUUUUAACCCUCAAAAAAUAGAUAAUUUUUUUGAAUCUUCGGUCUACCAAAGUUUCAUUAUGUCUGCAAAUAAUAAUCAAUCUAUUGAUAACUGGAUCAAUGAUUAUUAUACUCAAUCUGACUUGUAUUAUUCCUUGCACUCAUUUUCUAAUUUUUCAAAGCAAACACAGCUAGAGAUUUUUAAUCAUCUUGGAAAUGACGUUGUAAUAAACCUUGAGUUACAGCCAUUGCUCAAAUUACCGCGAACAAAAAACAAAAUUAGACGGACAAAUCGUCAUAAAUCAUUGAAUCAAUUACAAAUUGGUGAUAUUAUAGACACAAAAGAUUUGGAAAAAACCGAUUCGCAUUUAAAUGUCGAUCAUAAAUUAUAUGAGUUAUUACAGCAUUACUCAACAAUACCAUUUAUAAACUACAAUUUUACUGAUUGUAUAAACUACAAAAAUUCCGAAAAAAUUGAUUUCAAAUUGAUGAAUAAUAUGGAUUCACUUGAUGGUCACUCAACCUCCAAAUUUUAUGAAAGAAUAAAUGUUUUUGAAGAAAUUGCUAAAAGAAAACACUACGGAGUAAAACGCGAAUACUUAAAUGAAGCUUAUAAGUGUAUAAAAACUACUAUUUGCUCAGAAUUUGAAGUAUGGAAAUUAGAUACUGCGUUUUCUAACAUUAUCAAUCUGAACGGUAAAAUGAUUAAUUAUAAGAAUUAUAUUUUCGACAGAGAAAACAUUAUUUUAACUUAUGGUAGAGAUAAAACGCACUACGUUAUACGUACUGAGAGCGGCAAUUGUUUAUUCCAGGCUGUUAUUUUUCCCGCAGCAUCUAAUAAUGCCGAUUUUUCGAAUCCAUUGUACGCAGGACGGAUAAUAUCAGCCAGUAAUGAUUCCGUGCUUGAAAAUUGGGUGGAAAACUAUCUCGAUAACAGAAAAAGAAAUCUUUUUAAUAUUAAACAGGACAUUUUAGCCCAAAUGACUAUAGUUGAAAAAUUGAAAAAUAUAAAUUUUGUUUUGAUAAAUAUUUAUCUAGACAGAAUAUUAUAAACUUAAA